UUGUGUCGCAAAGUAUUCAAAUAUAAUUACGAAAUUUCAGUUUCUGUUAUGUAUUCAAUACUGCACGAAACGGAUGACUCAACAACGGUUAACUUCAGCGAAUAUGGGAAAUUUUUACCUGGGAAUGGCAUGCAGUUGGUCACGAUUGGUGCAAAAUUCCUACGACUGCACCGAUUCAAUCCGUAUGGUUUGGUACCAGAUGUGGAACAUCAAUGGAAUCAGACCACUCGAUUGGAAUGCUUAUUGAGCGUUCGUCUGUUAGCACCUGUUAAAUCACUAGCGGUUGCUAGAAUACCACAAAAUCCAAACUGUGACUGCCUUCUGCUUGGUUUCGAUAAUGCUAAACUAUCGGUGGUUGGCUUCAAUACCGCCGAACGUUCACUGAAGACAAUUUCAUUGCAUUGUUUCGAAGAGGAACUCCUAAAAGAUGGAUAUGUCACCGAUUUGCCAAGUCCGCUGAUUCGUGUUGAUCCGAAUCAGCGAUGCGCGGUGAUGCUUAUAUAUGGAAGAUAUUUAGCCGUGCUACCGUUUGACGAAGCGUCACCACACUUGCACACCUAUACAAUACCGUUAACAUCAAUUGAUCCACGUCUUGUAAAUAUUAUUGAUAUGACAUUUUUGGAUGGUUAUUAUGAACCGACGUUGAUCUUCUUGUUCGAACCUGCCCAAACGACGGCCGGGAGAGCAUGUGUUCGGUACGAUACGGUUUGUAUGUUGGGUGUGUCGUUGAAUGUCAAAGAACAAGUGCACGCUUCAGUAUGGCAAUUGAACAAUUUACCGAUGGAUUGUACUCAAGUGUUGAUGAUACCGCGUCCGGUUGGCGGUGCAUUAUUCAUUGGUCCAAACGAAGUGAUUUAUUUGAAUCAGUCAGUGCCACCUUGCGGUAUUAUGUUGAACAGUUGUAUGGAAGCAUUCACAAAAUUUCCGUUAAAAGACGCAAAAGAGAUGUGUUUAACACUUGACAGUUGUGCUGCGUGUGUGAUUUCAUCAAAUAAGAUAGCAGUUUGCUUAAGAAAUGGCGCAUUGUAUAUGCUGACGCUUGUGAUUGACAGCACGAAUUCGGUGAAGUCAUUAGAGUUGAAUCAUGAAUUUGAGGUAUCAAUUCCGUACACAAUAACCGCAUGUUCAACUGGGUAUUUAUUUAUUGGCUCACGGGUCGGUGACUCACAACUGAUUGAAUACGUUACCGAGCUCGUACCGGUGGAUGAUCCUUCUGAGGCUAAGAAACCGAAACUUGAACCGACAGUGACAUCACAGAAUCCGUUGGAAGAUGAGGAUCUCGAGCUGUACGGGAAAGCACUUCCAUCGGGUGCCGCUCAAGAGGCCACUGUUGAGAAGAUGCGUUUUCGGGUACUUGAUCGUUUGCUAAAUGUAGCACCAUGUAAGAGGAUGACGGUUGGUUGUUGUGAAGGAUUGAAUUCGUACUUGCAAGGUCACCAGCGUCUUGAUCCAGUCUUUGAUUUGGUAUGCGCAUGUGGUCACGGUAAAGACGCAAGUAUUUGCAUAUUCCAACGAAGUAUUCGACCGGAUAUUAUUACGAGUAGUAGCAUUGAAGGUGUUAUUCAGUAUUGGGCAGUGGGCCGACGGGAAGAUGACACUCACAUGUAUAUUAUAGCUUCAAAGGAGUUGGGUUCCUUGGCAUUGGAAACGGAUAAUGAUUUGAUUGAGUUAGAAGCACCGAUUUUCAUUACUUCUGAAUCAACAAUUGCAGCAGGUGAACUGGCUGAUGGUGGACUGAGUGUUCAGGUAACAACAUCAAGCAUCGCAGUUGUAGCCGAAGGACAACAAAUUCAACUGAUACCUCUCCAGCUGACAUUUCCAGUUUUAAGUGCAUCAAUUGUUGAUCCUUUCGUAGCAAUUUGCACGCAAAACGGAAGAUUGUUAUUGUAUGAACUCGAGAAUACACCUCAUGUUCACUUGAAAGAAGUGGAGAUAAACAGUAAGCUGAUACAUAACGAUUCGCCGAUCACUGCAACGUGUGUGUAUCGUGAUAUGAGUGGAAUAAUUCAAUUUUGUUCCACAUCCUCAGCGAUCAAGCAAAGCACUUCGUCGGCGUACAAUAAAAGCGAGAUGGAUUUGGAUGAUUUUGAUGAUCUUCUGUUGUAUGGAGAUUCCAAGAAAAAACAACGGGAGACGCGCAAGAAACGUAAAAUCGUCGGCACACGACAGAAUCUUGGCGAUACGCCGCAAUUAGAAACCGACGUGGUAGAUCCCAAUACUGUGGUACCAUCGCAUUGGAUUAUUUUGGCACGUGAGAAUGGUAAUCUGUAUGUGUACUCAAUACCAGAAAUGCAACUGGUUUAUAUGAUCAAAAAAUUCAAUCAUUUACCUGAUAUUGCGACUGAUGAAAUGAACUACGCUGAAGAGGAGAAACAGCAUUCGACCGUAAUUGCACCCUCAGUAGAAACAUCGCAUGCGUUGGUGAACGAGGCACUUGUGGUGAAACCUGAAGAGUUGAUUGUUGAAGUGUUACUCACCGGUAUGGGUAUGAAUCAGUGUCGGCCAGUUUUGUUCGUUGUUGUCGAUGAUGUUGUAUCGGUUUACGAGAUGUUCGCAUUCGAUAAUGGCAUCGUUGAGCAUCUUGCGAUUAGAUUUAAGCGAUUACAUCAUAACGCAGUGAUAAGAUCGAAUCGUUUCCAAACCAGUGAGGGUCGUGCUCCGGUUGAGGCUGCUCGCGAUACGGCACGUUAUCGAACAGCGUUACAUCCGUUCGAAAGAAUUGGAAAUAUCUUGAAUGGUGUUUUCAUAUGUUCAUCAUAUCCAUAUCUUUUCCUGAUGGAUAGUGGAAUUUUGCAUAUGCAUCCACUUAAUUUAGAGGGUUCGAUCACCUCGUUUACGGCAUUCAACAACGCGGUAUGUCCGAAUGGUUUCGUCUACUUAACCGAACGAGAAUGGAGUAUGCGAAUCGCGACUCUACCGUCAAACAUGGAAUUGGAUCACAGUUUUCCGGUUCGUAAGAUUCCAACUGGUCGAACCAUCCAUAACGUUGUUUAUUUGCUGCAAUCGAAUACGUUUGCUGUUGUGAGUAGUCAAAAGAAACCGAAUAAUAAAUUAUGCGUUUUGGUGAAUGAAGAUAAAUCGUUUGAAACGCACGAAAAGCCAGACUCUUUCGUACUCCCAGAAAUAGACGCAUACGAUCUCAAGCUAUACUCACCGGAAGACUGGAAACCAGUGCCGAACACCGAAAUUAAGAUGGACGAUUUCGAGGUGCUAACCUCAUGUGAGGAGGUACUGUUAAAGUCGGAAAGUACCGUAGCGGGUGUACAAAACUAUUUGGCCGUUGGAACGGCAUGUAAUUAUGGUGAAGAAGUGUUGGUGCGAGGACGUAUAAUCAUCUCAGAAAUUAUUGAGGUGGUUCCAGAACCUGGUCAGCCAACAAGUAAGCAUCGAAUAAAAACGCUCUACGAUAAAGAGCAAAAGGGUCCGGUUACAAGUCUAUGCUCAUGUAAUGGUUAUUUAUUGUGUGGAAUGGGUCAAAAGGUAUUCAUAUGGCUAUUUCGUGAUAACAACCUUCAAGGUAUUUCAUUUUUGGAUAUGCACUUCUACGUUCAUCAAUUGGUUGGUGUUCGGAAUUUAGCACUUGCGUGUGACAUCUACAAAUCUGUUGCACUUCUACGUUACCAGGAAGAAUAUAAAGCGUUAUCGUUAGCAAGUCGUGAUAUGCGAGCUGUCGUACAACCACCAAUGACCGCGCAGUUUUUGAUUGACAAUAAACAGAUGGCAUUCAUAAUGUCCGAUGAAGCGGGUAAUAUCGCUGUCUUUAAUUAUUUACCCGAAACGUUGGAGUCGUUCGGUGGUGAACGUUUGAUAUUGCGUUCUGAAAUCAAUAUAGGAACGAAUGUGAACAGUUUCGUGCGAGUUAAAGGACAUAUUUCGAAUGGAUUUGUUGAAAACGAGCAUUAUUCGUUGAAUCGUCAGAGCGUUCUGUUUUGCUCGUUGGAUGGAAGUUUUGGUUUUGUGAGACCAUUGAGUGAGAAGGUGUUUCGACGACUACAUAUGCUGCAACAGUUAAUGUCCUCAUUGGUUGCUCAACCAGCCGGUUUGAAUAUCAAAGGUUCAAGGGCGGCUAGGCCCCAAAGGCCAAACCAUUAUUUGAACAUACGUAAUAUGGUCGACGGUGACGUCGUAUUUCAAUAUUUGUAUUUGUCAUUGGCUGACAAAAAUGAUUUAGCUCGUAAAUUAGGUACAAGUCGAUAUCAUAUCAUUGAUGAUCUCAUUGAAAUAAAUCGAGUGACAUCUCAUUAUUGA